AAAUGGGGGAAACGAAAACUUGGGCAUUUUCUUUGGAUCAUGGUUCUCUGUUUUUCGAUUGUUAGACUUUGGGAGAUAAGGGAGUUGCAUACAGACGACCAUGGAAGACCUUGGAUUGCCAAGCCCAAGAUUUGAAAAUGAUAGGGACACAUAUGUUAGUGUUGGUUUGGUUUAAAAUUAAAUUGAGUUAAAAAAUUGAAAAUCAAAAUAAAACAAAUAUAAAACUGAAUCGAAUCAACUAAAGAAUUUUACCAAUAAAGCUGAAUCCAAUUGUUUAUAAAAUUAAACUAAAAUUUUGAUUUGAUUGUUAUUUUGAUAGAUGGCUAAUUUUACAUUUGGUGCGCACCUAACAUAGAAUCAGGAGUUAAAAUGGCAACCACUGCCAUAAUUACACCCAACCAAACGCUUUAACGUUUGAAGCCACAUAUCGCAUACUAUCCUUGGCCCUUGCCUUUCUUAGCUCCUCAUUCUCUUUAUCCUGCAUUUCUUUUUCUUCUCUUUUCAUUUUUCAACAAAAAGAAAGAGCAGCUUUUGCAUCGAAUAAUGGGUCGUGGAGUUAGCGCUGGUGGCGGACAGAGUUCAUUGGGCUACCUAUUUAGUGAUGGGGAGAUCACUAACAAUGCAUCUGCUGCAAGCACUGUGAGACAAUCUACAAACAAUAGCCCUUCUCAGGGGCCUCCUGUUGCUUCACCACCAAUAGAUAAGCAAAAUACCGCAGGCACCCAGGGAAAUCUUACAAAUAAUUACGCUCGAGCAGAUGGCCAGAACUGUGGUAACUUCAUUACGGAUCGGCCAUCCACCAAAGUUCAUGCUGCCCCUGGUGGUGGAUCUUCUCUUGGAUACCUCUUUGGUGGGAAUGGGAACUGAUAUCUCUCGGUCCCCAUGCAUGUGUCAUUUGUCUAUUGUCUAGUAUUGAAACGUGGUAUAGGAGCUUGGUACGCCUGGUCCAAUGCUGUUCUUUUUUCCUUCUGUCCUCGUGCAACGUGAAGAGGGUAAAGUUAGGGACAUAAUCAAUUGUGUAGCUAUUACGGUAUUUUGCGGAUGUCAUUCAUCACGCCAAGAGCAUAAUGCAACAAUUUAUUCUCUAUUUUCGUCUGCAUUUAAUGGUGUAAUUUAUUAUUA